UAGUGGUGCACGUACUGUUAGCAGAGCCCGGUCAGUUUGAAAACGGAGUGUCAAAGCGCGCGUGAGCGAGAGCUCUGCUUACAUACAAUAAGUUUUGUUUCCCGGGAUGGAUGAAGUGUCUUCUGGGACAAUCUUUUCAAAGCGAGCGCAGCAAGAGUUGUACCAAAGUAGUUUGACAUGAGCGCAACGAGGCUUCUAUCUGUCCGUACCUAGUAGCGACUACGGAUCCUACACGUGUAAGGUCAGCUUCACGAGGACUGAAGUCUGUCGGGUGAGAUUGUCUCUCUAGACGUCGGACACCCCCGUCAUCGAGCGCCAUGAACGACUCGGUGAGUGGCGAAAAGACGCCCGCGUGCUUCUCCAUUAACAACCCGCCCUUCAACUUUACGCGCCAGAUCGUCUCCGCCUACUACUCCGGCAUCUUCAGUUGCCUGGGCCUCAGCUCCAACCUCUUCGCCCUGGGGGUGCUGGUGAAGUCGUACCGUCGCACCCAGAGCCGUUCACGCUCCUCCUUCCUCAUCUUCCUCCUGGGCCUGGUGCUGACCGACUUCAUGGGCCUGCUGGUGACCGGCUCCAUCGUGGUCUCCUUCCACGUGACCCACUUCAACUGGCGCCAGCUGGACCCCCGCUGCCACUUCUGCAACUUCAUGGGCAUGUCCAUGGUCUUCUACGGCCUGUGCCCGCUCCUCCUGGGGGCCACCAUGGCCAUCGAGCGCUUCGUGGGCAUCAACCGGCCCUUCGCCCGGUCCGCCAACGUCUCCCGGUCGCGGGCGUGGUCCAUGCUGGGGAUGGUGUGGGUGACGGCGGGCUGCGUGGGCCUGCUGCCCCUCCUCGGCCUGGGGAGCUACCACAUGCAGAUGCCCGGGUCCUGGUGCUUCUUCAACAUCAGCUCCCGUCCCCUGGACUUGAGCUUCAGCCUGCUGUUCUCGCUGAUGGGGCUGGUGUGUUUGGCGGUGUCCUUCGUGCUCAACACGGUCAGCGUGGUGACUCUGCUGCGGGUCUGCUGCGGACAGGAAGCGGCCAGCCGCCGCAGGGACCACGAGGUGGAGAUGAUGGUGCAGCUCAUCGGGAUCAUGAUCAUCACCUCCAUGUGCUGGGCGCCCUUGCUGGUCUUCAUUGUACAGACUGUGCUCUCGGGCAGCAGCCUUAAGGUCAGUUACCUCCUGCUCUGGAUCCGUUUCGACUGGAACCAGAUCCUGGACCCCUGGGUCUACAUCCUGUUCCGUCGUUCCGUCCUGAAGCGCGUGUACCCCCGGCUGGACUGGUCCCGCGGGUCAAUCAUGACCCUGUACCCGGGAAUCACCGCCUCCCUGCGGAGGUUAACCCGCUCUUCCCUGGGGAGCGGCGUCAGCAAGACCGAGGAGAGCGGGGCCCUGGGGUCGGGCGAGUCGCCCACUUCCCUCCAGCCGAUCCCACAUACACCCUGAGCCCCGGCCGGCAAAGGCACCCUCAACCGCCCAACAAACCGCGUGUCUCAGCCCAAGCCCUUCAGCUAUCCCCCCUUCACCAACCCACACCACUCCUGGUACACACACAUUGUCAUCGUUUGGCUGAGUUCGCUGAUUUAG